AUGUCCCGGCCACCGCUACCUGACAGUCUGAGGCCGACUCUCCCACCAGUGGCCUUUCGCACACCAUCCAAGAUCGAUAUCACCUCUCAGCCUGGCUUCAUUACCAACCAUACUCGAGGAACUCAAGAUAAUCUGGGUGUCGAGACACUCGGGACCCAUCAACAAGCCGACAAGCUCAUCGACGCCAACCUCGACGGUGCCACCUACUUCAACAUCGAGGGCCUCGUCAAGGCUGCUAUCCCGGAAGACGCUUUCCCUCUUGACGACUCUCUGUUCCUCGAUGCUGUCUGUGACGCAGGACUGUACAACAAGGAGCGAGGACGCUGGCAAUGUCUGCCGAAGCUGCGCAAACCAGGCGAGGAGCUUGUUAUCGCAGACUGGCUCAACGCUAUUGGGGAAGCUGGUCUAGCUCUCUUCGUCAAGCAUGGUAUUUUUAGCUCGGACGACAAGCCGCGAGUACGCAAGUGGUCGGCAGCUUUCUGCAACAAAGAGCUUCCCGACGGUGUACAGAGUCGGAAGCCCGACGGCGCGUCCUUUGAUCCCCUCACCGAGGCGUCGUGGAAGGUCAUAGUCAAUGACCUGCAGCAUAAGUCCAGCUCGGAGGACAGGGAGGCUGCCUUCAAGCAGCUGCACGAUGGGGCUUUCAACAUUCUCACCGAGCAAGACGAUCGAAUCUUUCACAUCGGCCUUGCUCUUAUCGGGGAGCAGUUCUUCAUCGUGUACUACAACCGUGCCGGGUGCUAUCGCUCUAUUCCUGCCAACGUGCACGAACACGCCGCUAUCCUUGUUUAUCUCGUAUUUGCGCUCGCUCUGCUCGACAAGCCUGCUGUAGGGUUCGACCCGUCCAUUACAGUGACCGGGGAAGACCGUUUUAUCACACUGGCCGGGAAGACGCUCAAGAUUUUGGGCCCGCAAGGCCGGGAAUACAACCUUCGAGGCUCUUCUCCGGUAUACUGGCGCUGCGUCGACACGGAAACCAACGAGAAGUUCACGGUCAAGAAUGUAUGGGCCGAUCGCAGCCGGAACCCCACCGAAUGGGCAUUGUACGAGCGUGCAGACCGCGCAGGGGUCGAGCACAUGCCGAAAAUCGUUGCUUGUGAAUUCGUCCGCGACGGCAAAGCACUCAUCACCACCGACACCCUACGGCAGCGGCUGCCUAAUCCCGGCGAUGUGAAGGAUUGCGAGGUGCGGGACUAUAUGCGCAUCCUCAUUGAGGGGCACACCGUUCCACUUCAUGAUUUCGCCUCGAAAUCAGAGGUCAUCGGAGCCGUCAGGGAUGCAGUCAAAGCUCACCAGAUGCUAUGCGACAAGGCAGGAAUCAUCCAUCUCCAGGUUCGCGACACAACCGUUCUACUUGAUGACUCGGAUGGCAGCAAGAGGGGAUCGCGCCCCGGAGUUCUUGUUGACCUUGGCGUCGCUAAAGUGAUCGAUUCAUUACAAGCACAGCCGCCCUCGCGCGGUCACAAAAGUUGUUUCGGCAUGUACGAGGCCUGGGAGAUCCUCACAUCCCCCAAUGCGAUGCCACGAUCUGACCACGAUCUGGAAUCGUUCUUCUAUGUUCUCAUCGCUCUCUGCUCAUCGUGCUCUGGAAACGACCAAGGUGCAUUGCCACGGGAGGACUUUGACCUUCCCAAAUCCGACUUGGGUCGAUGGCUGGACAUCGACAAGACGACAGUCGGCUCCAGCAAAUGGUUUGUCCUGUCGUUCAAGCCCAAGGCAUGCGUUGAUUCUUUCGACGAAUUUCUGGACGACGUCAUUGAUCCGUUCUUCGACGACUUCAAGCCGCUCCUCCGCAAGCUUCGAGAACUGCUGGCCGAAGUGUCAAGGCGCCCAACUCAUCAGGAGUUCAUUGAUGUCCUCGAAUCCUACGUUGAGGCGAAACUACAUAGCGCAACUCUUCCAAUCGUGGACGCAGAAAAUGGCGCAGACGAGGACGAUGAACGCAUGUCCGACUCCGACGAAGAUCAGUUCGACGAUGAUUCUGACGCGGGUCACACGGCCGAUCGGGACAGGCUCCCUGACGUUGCGCAAGUCCUUGCCGCCCCAGUUCCGCGCGAGCGGCGAGAAUCUACACAAACUCGGGCAGCUCAUUUCUCGCCCUACACUGUCGACAUGACAUGCGAGUGCGGCGAGAUCCUGAGGCUUGGCGACAGCAACCUCAUCCGGUGUCGGGAGCUCAGCUGUUCAACGGGCUUGUUCCACCGUGGAUGCAUGGGGAAAUUGAGGGAGCCGCCCGCCAACUCAUUGGAGGCGUGGUGCUGUGACAACUGCAAAGGCAAGAAACCCGACAGGGAUUACAAGCCUCUGCCGAAGAGAAGGGCGAGGGCGGACGCGAUGUAG